UAUAAAAUGCAUAAAUACCUCUUUGAGAUUUGUUUUGAUACAGUUUAGAUCGAGAUCAUGUGGUAUUUAGUUCUAGGUGUUUUUAUCUUAUUUUUUAUCCUUGUGAAUUUAUUAUUCGAUGUUUAUAUGAGAAGUAGUACAGAUAUUUCUUCCUUUCAUGUAUUGGUAACAGGUGGAUCAAGUGGCAUUGGUAAAUCAUUAGCAAUAGAAGCAAUAUCUAGAGGGGCAAAUGUUACUUUAAUAGCACGAAAUAAGGCUCGAUUAGAAGAAGCUAAAGAAGAAGUUGAAAGCUAUGCAGUAGAUAAACAGAAACAAAAAGUGAAAAUAUUUUCUAUUGAUAUAAGUAAGUAUUACGAAAAUGUUGAAGUUGUUUUUCAAAAGGCUGAAGAACAGUUGGGACCCAUUGAUAUUCUUUUCAAUUGUGCAGGAACAGCAUUUGCUCAAAAAUUUGAAGACAUAUGUAUUGAAGAUUUUAAACGUAUGAUAGAUGUAAAUUAUAUUGGGAGUGUUCAAGCAACAAAAGCUGUGUUACCCUGCAUGAAAAAACGCAGAAAAGGAAUAAUUGUAUUUGUAUCUUCUAUUGCUGGUUUAUUUGGCAUAUAUGGCUUUUCAGCUUAUUCUGCUUCCAAAUUUGCUUUAAAAGGACUGGCCGAAUGUCUUCAAAUGGAGGUAAAACCAUACAGUAUUAGUAUUACAGUUGCUUAUCCACCAGAUACUGAAACUCCUGGAUUUAUUGAAGAACAAAAGACAAAGCCAAUUGAAACAAAACAAAUUUCACAAACUGCUGCUGUAUUAUCACCAGAAAUAGUUGCAAAAUGUAUUUUUAAUGAUUCUUUGGAUGGAAGAUUUUCCAGUACUAUUGGCAUAGAAGGAUGGAUGAUAAGUAAUUUAUGUUGUGGCAUGUCCCCUAUUUCCUCUUUGUCUCAGAUGUUCAUUCAGAUUCUUUUGAUGGGACCCUUUCGUCUAAUAGGUGUAUUCUGUCUCAAAAACUUUGAUAAAAUCAUAAAAGAUUGCUUAAGACAACAGGAAGAAAACAAAAAAGUCAAUUAAUUCCAUAUUCACUAUAUUUUUGGUAUCGUGUUCAUUGCAUUUUGAAAAAAUUCAGAGUUUUAAACCACUGACUGCUUUAAUCUCAUUUGUAAUAACAACAAUAAUAUAUAUUUAAUAAAGUAAUAUAAAUUGUUAAUUUUCCAAAGAGAUCUGAUCUCAAACUUUUUAAAGAUGUUUAAUGUCAUUAUUUAAUAA